AUGAAAAGUAUAUUGUUGCCUUAUCUUUUGUGUAUUACUGCUGCUAAUGGUCAAUCACCCUGUGAUGAAAUAUCAUUCGUUGAUCGAGCUGGAUGGGGUGCACGAGAACCAACUGCAAUAACAAAUCUAACAAGAAAACCUCUUUCAUUUUAUGUUAUACAUCAUACUUAUCAACCUCCAAAUUGUUAUGAUGAUGCAUCAUGUAUUCAACGAGUAAAAUCUAUUCAAGAUUUCCAUCAACUUGAUCGAGGAUGGGCAGAUAUAGGUUAUCAUUUUUUAGUUGGUGAAAAUGGUAAAGUCUAUGAAGGUCGAGGAUGGAAUCGUCAAGCUGCUCAUUCGCCCGGAUGGAAUGAUGAUGCAUAUGGCAUUUGUAUCAUUGGUGAUUUCACAGUAGCACCUCCAAAUGAAAAAGCAUUAAAUACGGUACAAUCAUGGAUUAAAUGUGGUAUUGCACGAGGUCAUGUCAAAGAAGAUCAUUAUAUUAUUACUCAUCGACAAUCACAACGACCAGGUUAUACAGAAUGUCCUGGUGAUGGCGCAUUUAAUGUUGUAAAUAAAUGGUCACGAUUUUGUUCAUUUCAAAAUUCUGGAGCAAAUUUAACUGCAAAUCAAACACAAAUAUCUCUUGCUCUUAAUUUUUGUAAAAAAGAACUUGAAAUAUCCUCAUCUACUUCAACACAUCUAUUUAUGCCAAUUAUUUUAUUUCAACUUUUAUUCAUCUAUUUUUUAUAA